GCCAUAAAACAGCUGGGCUCGCAGCACCGCGCAAGUCAGUUGUUCAACAAAGAAAGGCAAACGCAAAACGUGAAAUUCUGCAACAAAAUCUAAAACCCACUCAAAGAAGAUCUCGUAAUGGAGACGACACUCAGCUCUGGGGGCUCUAACGCCUCUAGCGAGUGUGCCAUGGACGGCGGCACAAAUCGCAACCGCUGCCUAGAGCCGCACAACGGCUCCUCCUGCUUGCUUAGCCAGGAGGUUAAGGAUCUGUACAGGUCUCUUUAUACGGCAUCGAAACAGCUGGACGAGGCCAAGAAGAAUGUACAGUCCGUUGAGCAGCUUUUCCAGCACGAAAUCGAGGAAAAGCGCUCCAUUCUGGUGCAGCUGUGCAAGCAGAUCAUAUUCAAGGACUACCAGUCGGUGGGCAAGAAGGUGCGUGAGGUGAUGUGGCGGCGCGGCUACUACGAGUUCAUCGCUUUCGUCAAGAAGUACUGGCACAAGCAGGGAGUGGAUGCUGCCAAGAGCCACGAAAACAUGCAGAAGCUGGAGCGCUUCCUCUGUGCCGGCAUCUUCAACUACAAACGCCUGUCGGCGCGCAUGGAGGAGAUCUACGACCUGGACCUAAAGUAUCUCAUUGACUUCUCAAUCAUCAGUGAUGGCUACAUAAGCGACAUGAUCGGCGAUUCACGGGAAGUGUCGCACCAGGGCACCCAGGCCGUUGACAAGAGCCUCGAGGCCGUGUCCUUCGCCCUAGACACCAUACACUCAUCUCUGCUCAGCUUGGGAGAUCUCCAUCGCUACUUUCUGGACUUUCGCAUCGACAGCAAGCUGAGCAUCGACAAGGAGCAGGUGGCCAAGUACUACCUGGAAGCUUUUAAGCUGAACCCGGCCAUUGGAAUGGCCCAAAACCAACUAGGCACGCUUUACUACGGCCAGAACCACGACUUGGACUCGACCUACCACUACCUUUAUUCGCUGGUCUGCAUCAUACCCUUCGAGCUGAGCGAAAACAACCUCAACAAGCUGUUUGUGAAGCACACCGAGUAUCUGGAGCAGAUGGACCCCGAGAAACUGGACUUCAACAUCGAGGACUUCUUCGCGCGCUUCUACUUGAUAGUGGACAUCUUCUUCUUCGACAAGGAGGUCCCGGACUUCAAUUCGCUGUGCCACUGCGUCCUGAUCGAUCUGCGGAAGAUCCUUUGCUCGCAGCAGCUGCGCGUGCCGGAGCCCAGCAUCUUUAAAAUCGUUUCGAUCCUGUUCUUCUGCCUCUCCAAGCUGAAGAUGAUUAACUCGCCCAAGGUGUACUCGCUGCACGCUUUCUUGGUGGCCGCCUGCUCGGAUCUGAUGGACGCCUGCAUCGUCAACAUUGAGCAGACGAUCCUAUCGCGAUCCGCAGACAACGAGCUCUUCCAGGCCGAGUAUGAGAAGCGCUUCCAGGAGUUCGAUACGGUGGUGCGCAAGUCCCGCAAUGAGUACAAGAACUGGCUGGCCGCCGUGGGCGAGUGCGAGCGAAAGGACAAGAAGAUGGUGCCGCGUCCACACUCCCUCAAGGACUGCAGCUCCGACUCGCGCGCCAGUCAGAACUCUGGCGAAGAGGUGAAAACCCAAGAAGCCACCGACGGCGAAAAGAUUGGCGAGGCAGUGUCGACCCGGUCCAGCGAUGAGGCCAAGGAGAGCGACCUCAAGACCCCGCUCUCCUGUAAGAGCAAGCGGCGCGGCAUGCGCCUGCGACGUCGUCGCCGCAAGAUCGCCCAGUCGGAUGACAGUUCAUGCUACGACAGCGAAAGCGAAAUGGACACGGACUUUUACAGCGACGAGGAGGAUUACACUGAUUUGAGCUCCAAUUUCGAUACGGAUUUCAGUGACAUAGACGCUGCUGAUCCGGGAGAACGAGGAGGAGAUGAACGCUAUGAAACAGGUUCGUAUAGCAAGAAAGAGCGCAAAUCUGGCGGAGCUUACUCAGAUAGCGAGGACGUGGUCAUUGAGGAGGAGAAAAUCAUUUAUCCCGAGGAAGCUGAGCGCAGGUCCAAUUCGCAGGAGGCAGACUCGGAGGAGCUGCUUCGCAGCUUUGAAGUCUUGCAGCUGAACUUCAAGAGCGCCGAAGAGUCGCAGGGAAACCAGGAGCAGGAUUCGCAGCCGCCACCGGCACCGAUCACCUUCUCAGAGCCGCCCAAGAAGCUGGUUUACCGCAACAAGUACACCAAGAUCAACCCGAACAUUAUCAUCGAUUGCCUGCACAACGAGCCGACCAUCAGAGCUCUGAAGAUGCUCUUCGAUUGGCUGCGAAUUAAUCCGGAGAUUCUAAUCGGAUGCUACCACUCGAAUCCGGAGUUUGUGCACAAGAUCAUGAAGCUGCUGAACUACUGCAACAUAGACGUCUUCACCAGGAAGGUGUACUUCGAGCGCGAGCUGUUGACCACCUCGAAUGUCCGGGAUUCACUGGUCGAGCUCUUCGACGUCCGCGCCAACGUUCCCCUUACUGAGGACUUUGCUUUCAAGAACUUCGACAUCUUCCAAAGCACCCAAAUCACCCUCGACUGGGAGACCAUCAUUCGGGAGCGAGUCACUCCGCAGGAGGAGUCCAUUCUCCGCAUCUUCAAGAUGGUCGACUUCGGGUUCUUCAUUUGCAAGCAGAAGAAGUUCAACUACCGGUUCUGCGUGAAGACCCGCCGCUUCACUGAGAACCAGAAGAAGAAACAGCGCGAGGAGAAGAAAGGUGGCGGCUCCCGGCGUCGCGAACGCCGCACCGCUCCGAAAACCAAUCGCACCAAGCGCAAUGAGGGGCGUACUCGUCGCUACUCGGACCGCAAGAACGGCAUUGUGCGCAAGAGCUACACCAGCAACGAGGAGAAGGAUACCGUGGAGGAGUGCCGCAAGGUGCCGCGCAAAGGCUACCUAAGGAAUCGGAAUGCCGAGAAAGCGGCAGCCGCCUUGGCAAGCGCCACUGGCACCUCAGUAGCUGGCGGCACCUCCGCCUCCACGACCACCAACAGCGUCAUUGAAAAGCUCAACGUACAAUCGAGCUCGGGCGCCGACGAGGAGCGUUCGGAGGCCAUGUCGAAGAAGUGCGAACUCAUGGGCAAGCUGUGGCUGCAAAACGAAGUGGAGGCCCUCGAGGAGGAACUCCGUGACAGUCCCGCCCAUGUGGUGAUGUCCCCGUUUGUUGUGGUCGAUUCCAAGGCAUUGACCGAAUACAAUGGCAUUGUCAAGUCGCUGGUGAGGACCAAGAAGUGCAUUGUCCUCAUUCCGAAUGCAGUACUUAAUGAGCUGGAUGACUUGAAAAAGCGCAGUGAGAACGUACGUCAUGUCAUCCGCUGGCUGGAGCAGGAGUUCAAGCACGGCAAUCGUCACUUGCGUGCCCAGCGCGAUAACGAGAGCCAGCCUCUUUCCCUCCUGAAGAUAUCGCGCAAGAUGGAUCGUGACGCUUCAGUUUUUCUGCAGAUUGCCCAGUUCUGCAAUCACUUGGUGGCCAACCAUGCCGAUCCGCACGUAAGCGAGCUGCAAAAGAACGUUGUUACCUACUUGUCGGGCGAUAAUCUGCACGAGAAGAACCGCCAGCAGCAAAACUUCAGCUACACCGGCAUCCUGGACUCCAUACCCGUACGCUACGCCCAGAUCCAGAGCUUUUACGCCAAGUUCAAGGCCAACAAAAAAUGAACUGGUCCGAGAGGAGCGGCUAGGACGGCAAGGGCAACUGCAGACCAGAUGCAAUCGAGCGAGCAAAAAAGGGUGCGAGCGUGUUCUCUCUGUACAACCAAAAAACUACAUGGAGUUCCAAAGUUAACGAUGGCCGUGACCAGCGGACGACGGCAAAACCAAACCAGCAAUCGCUGCUGUAGCCUCGGUUGUGCCCGUAAAACUGUUUCCCCCACAACCAAAAAAAAACCGAAAAAAAAAAAUCUGAAACCGAGAACUGUUUCCAUCAGCGGAUAACAGCCAUGCAGCAGCAGCAUUGCGUGGAUUUUGCUUGUUGUGUUUAGACCAAACCAUAACAGAAUAUCAAUCAAAAACGUUCACUUUCAACUCGAUGGCAAAUACGAUGACGAACCCCAGCUAAUGUUAAAUGGACAAAUGGCCAGAACACAUCAGAAUAAAAAAAAACACCAAAAUCAAGACUAAAAACCAAUCAAAAAAAAA